AUCUCGUCUGAGCAAGGCGCAUAACGAAUAAUUGACAUAAAACGUAGGAGAUUUUGUCGUAAGCAAUUUUUGCAGAGUUUUGUUUUACGUACUUCUCUUUCGUUUAUUAUUUCUUGUUCGUUUCUACGAACACAAGUUCAUUCAAAAUGUUGCGGCCCACUCUCUUGCGAAGGUCAUUUUCCUUCUGCAGACGCGCGAUGUCAUUGAUGUGACCUUGUCUCGUCGUUGUGGGUCCGUAUCUUGCUCAGUUUUCGCAGCGAAUUUCUCACUUGCUCCUGAAGAGAUCGGAAGCCCCUCGAAGUUUCGUGACCCCACGGGAGAUUCUAAUCUUGGUCACAAGAUAAUGCGACUUCUGGACUGUUUAUUGAUUCACCCUUGCCAGGAGGGCGAUCACAGCGCCGUUUCCAUGCGGGAACAUCAGCAAAACAUCAUAUUUUCGCUUAAUAGACAACCAAAGGCGAUUAAGAGCGUUUUCAAUGACGCCACUUUCAAUUACGCGGCCAAAGAGAACGCCCAAGUUGGAAAAACUGGGUUUAUGACGAGCAUUUUGACCAGUGGCUACUAUCAUUCAACUGCAUGACUGGCUCACUUCGGACGAGGCCACUGAACUUGCUCGUGGCGCUCAACACCAACAGUCUCGUCAAGUUGGCAAGAAGCCAGAUCUUCUAUUUUUUUCCGACUCGGAAGGAAUCGCCGACAGCCGCACCGUCUGAGGACAGAAAAGCUUUAGACUCGAUUCAAGAGAAACUCAUCGCGAAGUUGGGCGUGGCAAAACAGGCGGAGUUGCUAGAAAAAAUAGACCAGUUGGAACGUGCGGUUCUAACCGCCACGAAAGCAAUGGAGAGCAUGUCUUGGUGGAAGGCGAAGGGCAAUGGGAACCGUCUUCGUGGGCGCGACUUUUCUGACAUUUAUGGAACCAACGGGCGGUGCUAGAGAGGCCGAUGGACGCCUUGCUCACGCGUGGCUGGGAGUUUGAGCCCGCUUGGUGGGUGCAGACCGCUCGACCCCAAGGACGAUCGAGCAGCUUUUCUUGAAGAGUGGCGGACUAGGAUGGAUGCCAUGCGUUCUUUUCUCAACGGUGUAAGCCUGUUUUCAUCAACGUCGCCGUCCUCGCUUGUACCGUACUAAUAUCGAGACGUUGGUUUCGAUGGACUUCUCUCGUUCAUUGUCAGAGGAGGCGGCGCGAAGCAAUGGAUCACAUCUGGAAGCGGUGGAGUACUACUUGGCGAAAGUCAAAUAGAGUUCAUAUCGUGUCGACAUGGUUGAUUGGGAUUCGAAGGUUGAGCCUCGGAUAAAUGGAAAUGCGGUUGCGCUACAGCACAGCGACCGAAAAACCAGGGCGAAAUCCACAGCCGACGAAAAUAUUGAUCCUGAUUAAACUAACGGUUGUUAUUCUGACUUCAAUUUUCUGCUGGAGGAGCCUUUCUUGUUUUUUGUUCUCCAACCCUUGGGUGUGGUGCAAGAUCGGAG